AUGUCUACAGUGUCUACCACUACAACGGAGAAGGACGAAAAGCCAGAGAGGCCGGAUAUGUCUGAUGGUUUGCAGAUCGCUCAACCUGAGACAUAUCCCGAGGCUGUCAACCGCUACUGUGCCAACGGCGAUACGAAGCUACCUCAAAUCAACGAUGAUGAUGAUGAUGAUGAUGAUGAUGAUGAUGAUGAUGAUGAUGAUGAUGAUGACGACGAAGGUGGACGUGGUCGUCCGCCGCGGACGCGAUCAUCACGCCUGCGUGGCUCUCACGAUAUCAUAUCAUGCCGCACUGCAAUGGACAGCGAUCAGGAUCAAGCUCCUCACAUUCAGGUCCCGCCUGAUAUGUGGAAGAAGUUUUUUGCUCACCGGCGACGCAAAUACUGGUUCACUCUCGCCAUGUCGUUCACCAUUGUGGCUGCACUUGUGGGCACCAGUAUAGGUGGAGGACUUAUGGUGCAAGAGAAGGCUGAUAAGAAGGCCGAAGCACUUGCCGCCGCGCAAGCUGCGGCGAGUUCGAGCAUGGAGCUGAUACCCACACCCACAUCGGCGAGUCCAUCGGAUAGCUCAGCGGAUGCUCCAUCAGAUACUCCAAUGGAAACCCCAUCAGUCGGAUCUGAGGACACGGGGACGCACUACACCGCGAGACCGUUCGGCGCCAUACAGUCAAUCAACGCAACAUGCCCAUCGACGCUUCUUAUCUCGAGUCGACUCACUAAUAUCCUAGACACCACCCUCAUGAGCUUCACCGCAUACACUUUGGAGCAAUGCGUCGACGCGUGCAGUCAAUACAGCGCCAUGAACGCAAGCAAUACAUGCAAAGCCGCUGUGAUUAGCCCUGACUUUAGCGCGAGGUACGAGACUGAGAAUGGCGCGAAUUGCUGGUUGAAGAGUGGGAGCGGGGAUGCGAGUACGGGGCAGAGUGGGUAUACAGCGGCGGUGCUGCGGGAGGAUUGA